UUUAAUUGGCAAUGACAUCAUUAAAAACGAUGAGCCAACUCUUUCAAAAGCAAUCAAUAUUCAAGUAACUCCUGAUGGACAAAUGUCGAUAACACCAUUUAAAGGAGUGCAGUGUUACAUUAGAAGUCGGGCAGACUCAAACUGGAGGCAGUUGGGAAUUGAUACUACUUAUCCUUUACAUUUGCAAGACACGUGUCUUCUUAAUCCAAUUAAAAUUUGGUUUAGAGUAAUAUCUGCAAUGAGUGAAAAUAAUAAUCUAGUAAACAAGAGGCUGCAGGAAGAAUCAUCUGGUGAUGAGCCACCUUGUAAAAAACCAUGUUCAGAAAUUGACAAUAGCAAUGCAGGUACAGGUGAUAAUUCAGUACAAGAUUCAGCAGUUAAUAAUGAAGCGCACAAUAAUACACCCUAUGAAGCAAUUACUUUACAAAUUAAAAAAGAAGAAAGUUCAAAUUAUUCAGCAGAAACUAAAGAGCAUGAUCAAAUUGAAACUAAAAUAAACUCAAAGUCAGAUGAAAAUGAACAAUCUGAUCCUCUAUUUAUUCCAAAUGUAAAUGAUGAUCAUGGAGAUGAUUUUGAAGCAAGAAUUUUAAAUGGUCAAGUUGGUGAUGGUGAUCAAGCAUUAGAUAUAGGUAAUGCUACUGGUAGCAGUGAUCAAGUUGGUGUCUCUAAUGCAACUGGUGAUGGAGCUCAACAAACUGGUCAAACAAAUAAUAAACCAAAGUACAGAGAAAAGUGCAAAUAUGGAGAUACAUGUUACAGGAUAAAUUCAGAGCAUAGAAGUCAAUUUUCUCAUCCAGGGGACAGUGAUUAUAAUCUUAUUGAUCAAAGGCCUGAAUGUGAGUAUGGAACUGCAUGCUAUCGCAAAAAUCCACAGCACAAACAGGAUUAUAAACAUACAGUUCGCAAACCCAGAAAAGUCAAAACAACAGUAGCUAGGCAACUUACCCCUGAAAGUGAUUUCUCUGAUGAGGACUCGUUCACUGAAUCUAUUGAUGAAUCAGAUUAUGAUCCAUCAUUCAUCGAUGACGAUGAAUAUGAAAUAGAUUAUUGACACUUACAAAUAAGAUAUAGCAAAAGCAAUCAAAUUGUAAAUAGGAAUAUAUUAUUUAGGAUUAAAAUGUUUCAAUAACAGAGAGCAAAUUAAUAAAAACAAUGAAGAAUCAUUAAAAAUGAUAAAAUUCAAAAAGUGAUAAUUCAGUUGUUAUUUGAAUUCAAAUACUUUUGAUGAAUGAAUAAAGUUAUCAAUUUGUUUUUAUUUAAUCAAAACAAUAAAUUUUUAAACAAUA